UAAAGGCAAUUUCUCUACAAAUUUUUCCACAGCUCUUCCUUCACCUUCUCUUCAGGGUUUCUCUAGUAGUUUCUCUGAAAAAAAAAUGGCCGACGUUGAAUACAGGUGCUUCGUCGGUGGUCUGGCAUGGGCCACCACCGACCAAACACUUUCGGAUGCUUUUUCUCAGUACGGCGAAGUGGUCGAAUCCAAGAUCAUCAAUGACCGGGAAACUGGUAGAUCUAGAGGAUUUGGAUUCGUUACCUUCAAGGAUGAGCAAGCCAUGAGGGAUGCUAUUGAAGGGAUGAACGGCCAAGAUCUUGAUGGUCGCAACAUUACCGUGAACGAAGCUCAAUCCCGCGGAGGCGGUGGAGGUGGAGGUGGAAGAGGCGGUGGUGGCUACGGAGGUGGUCGACGUGAAGGCGGUGGCGGCGGCUACGGCGGUGGUGGCGGCUAUGGAGGUGGCAGGCGUGAAGGCGGUGGCGGAGGCUACGGUGGAGGUGGCGGCGGCUACGGAGGUGGUCGUCGUGAAGGUGGUUAUGGUGGAGGCGGUGGUGGUUAUGGUGGAGGUGACCGCUACAGUGAUCGCUCUUCAAGAGGUGGUGGCGGUGGUUCUUCCGAUGGAAACUGGAGGAAUUAGAUUUGUUGUUCGCUUUUAGAUUGUUUUUGUUUGAACUUAUUUAUGGUUUCGAAGUUUGGUUGAUGUCCCGUUUAUGGUUUACCGUGGUUACUGUUACUGUUCUCUUUUUUGACCGCUAUUGGUGUUACCAUGUGGAUCUCUGUUUACAAAGUUCUCAUGAAUGGAAGUGAAUGAAGAUUUACUAUUUAUAGUCCAA